AGAUGAUUUUGUACUGUCCGUAAACUGUUAAUUGUCUAAACAGCUUUCUACUUUUUUGCGACCACUAUGGUGUGAUUUCAUUUGAUAAUUGGAUUAUUGAUUCACUCAAUGCAAAAUAGGUGUGCAAUGAGGAGGGGUUCCGACUCCGGUAAAAUCGCAACCACUAGUUCCGCCCGGUGUCAGAGUCGUCCGGAGUUGAAGUCAUCCGAAUUUGAAGUCAUCCAGAGUUGGAGUCAUCUAGAAUUGAAGUCAUCCGGAGUUGGAGUCAUCCGGAGUUGGAGUCAUCCAGAGUUGGAGUCAUCCGGAGUUGGAGUCAUCCGGAAUUGGAAUCAUAAGGAGUUUUAGUCAUCAGGAGUUGGAGUCAUCCGGAAUUGGAGUCGAUCGGAGGGAUAAAGCUGCCCGGAGUGAUGAAUCGCCAAAAUCAUCCGGAGAGAUAAAGCAAUGGGGCAAUGGAAAAGUGAUACAUCCAUGUAGGUGUCGGGCCAUAGAGCGACAACUUGUUUAGCUAAAGAUAAGCCUAAACAAUCAUUUUUCGUUCGUCAUUUUUGGCUUAAAUAUAACUGAGUCAAAGUAAGAUAGCGUUCUUAGUUUAAAGCCAAUGCUUUGCUCAGAGGUUCUCCCUAGAAUAGAUGCAAAUCAAUGGAAAGAUUUUCCAUUGAUUUGUAUCAACAAUUUAAGUCGAACUUGAGAACUGGCUACGAGAACUACGAACAUAUUGUAUGUAACAUUUAGUGAGCCACUGUAUGACUCUUGAUACUUUCUUGGAAAACAAACGUAUCUCUGGGAGUUUAUACCAGUUUAUUGAAAAAAAAACAAACACUGCACGAUCAGUGGGGAAUCCCACCGAGAAGACCUACAGGCUUCCAAAGGUUACCAACACACAGCCCUGCCCUGUGGCUGAUAACAGAAACGGCAUGCACUAUACCAAGCAGUGCCUCAUUCGUGCCAUUUGUGGCUUGCGGAUAGGAAGCACUCUUGCAAAACCUUCUCGCGCACAAACAAUAUGGCGUCAUUGAUGUGGUGGACUGUUUCGGCGUUGUGCUUGGCGGCUGGAAUUGUGGCACAGAACGUCGAAGUGAGCACCAACAGUGAACAGUUCUGCACCACGAGCAAGGGCGAGGAUGGCAUCUGCGUGUAUCAAUAUCAGUGCACGGACGGUGUGGUUAGUCAUUCGGGAGAGAAUAUCAUCGAUAUCAGACAUCCACUGGAUGACUGCAAUGAUCAUUUGAUGCAGUGUUGUGCGGAGCCGAAACAGGCUACUACCGUCCCGACGAUCACGGACGGCGAUGAGGAUCAAGUAACGAUUGUUCCUCCAUCGUCAACAGCGUCACCUACAACAACGGAUGACGGAGAUGCAAACGAUACUCAGCAAGCGUCGAAAAGACCACCGGUACACAUCCCACCGUACGAGAUCGAGGGUUGUGGCCACCGGAAUCCGCACGGUGUGAUCUUCACGAUCGAGAACAAUCAGUUCAGCGAGUCCGAGUACGGGGAAUACCCCUGGACGGUGGCCAUAUUUGCUCGCACGAAGACGGAAAGUGCGCUCAAGUACCUGUGCGGCGGUGCGCUGAUCGAUCGGGCUGCCGUACUCACCACGGCCAGCUGCCUGCACCCGUACCGGUCGGAUGUGUCCUUGCUGGUGGUGCGGCUCGGUGAAUGGGACAUGAGUACGGUGCGCGAACCGAUACCGCACAUCGACAGCGAGAUGGAGAGGAUCUACCUGCACCCGCAGUACAGUAUGACAAGCAAGGUCAACGAUAUCGCGAUCGUCAUCUUGCGCGACACGGUCGAGCUGAAUCACACGGUCGGGGUGGUGUGUUUGCCACCGGCCGGCAUGAUUCCCUCGAUGGGUACCGACGUGACCGGUGUCGGAUGGGGCGAGGUACCGAACUUUGUCGUGCCGCGGAAGCUUCCCCAGACGAUCCUGAAGAAGGCGCUACUGCACCAUCUGUCCCACGAGCUGUGUCAGCAGACGCUGCGCAAGCUGAUGGGACGCCGGUUUCAGCUGCAUUCGAGCUUUCUCUGCACCACGGCACAGGACGCGGAGAUGUUGCCGUGCCGGGGCGAUACGGGCUCACCGUACAUGAUGGAGACGGUGCCUGGUAGCGAACGGUACUACCUGGUCGGGCUUAGCUCGUGGGGCUACGACUGCAACAAGCAGGCUACACCGACGGUCCUAACGAAUGUUGCGUACCAUCGCGACUGGAUCGAUGGCGUGAUAAAGGGUGAAGAUCUCAACAUUUGGAGCUACACGUACGAGAAGGAGCUGCUGGAGGGGCAGCAGCAACAGAAUGUCGUAGAUCAGAGCAGUGACGAAGAAUAAAGUGGAUGUUUAUGGAAAAUGU